CGCUCGCGAGCGAAGGUGAGCUCCGGGAGCUCGAGGCGGACUGCUAGCCGAGGAGUCUGCACCCAGCAUCCACAAGCCCGACCCUGCGCUGAUGAGCACUUGGUUCCGAUGGGAUGGACCAUCUUGUGGCUGCUUCUCCUGGCGCAGCUAAGUGCCACAACUGGGUCAAGUCACAAUCAGAGCCAACAGCAUUCUGGCCCGGAGUUCUGUAAUGCCGAUGAAUACAGGAAUGCUGACCGUUGCUGCCAGAUGUGUCCUGCAGGAGAAUAUGUCCAGGAGCCCUGUGUGAGCCCCCACACCCAGGGCAAGUGUGUCACGUGUGACCCAGGGACGUUCACAGCGCAUGCCAACGGCCUGGACUCCUGCCUUGUCUGCUACAGCUGCCGUGACGACCAAGAAAUGGUGCAGGAGUGCUCCCCAACCAGCAACCGAAUGUGCCAGUGCAAAACAGGCCAUUUCUACCAGGACCCUGGGACUUUGGAAUUCUGCAUGCCAUGUGACAAGUGUUCUGAGGGGAUUCCAGCCCUGCGGGAAUGCAGUGCCACGUCAAACACAGUCUGCGGGAUGGCUCAUCAAAAGAGCAUCUACUGGCUAUGUCUGCUGCUACUCAUUCCGUUCCUGCUGGUUAUCUAUCUUCUAAUCAGAUAUGUACCCUGGAAAUAUCUGUCUAACAACAUAGGAGAACUUGGUGACAGCACCAGGAUAAGAGCAAGGAACAGCCUGGGUGCAGGAAAUGCCAAUGGGAGUGAGAACAUGGACAGGAAGUCAGAGUCUGAAAAUGACCUCAUUGAGCAUGGUGGAUGAGUUUAGCAACACUGUAACAAGUACUUCUCACACAGCAUCUAAUGAAGAAGGAAGGUGUAUUUUGUCUCAAGAGUUUUCAGAGUUGCAGUC